UCCCUCGUCCUGUCCCACGGAGAAUUGUGACAUGUAGGAAAAGGUGGGAUAUUUCGCACUGAAAAAAAGGCGAGGAGGGAUAAUGGCGGCCGCCGCAUGCUCCUCCUCCGCCGCCGCCAUUUCUCCCCUCCCUCCUCCUUCCUCCUCGUCGCAGCCCCUCUUCCUCCCCCUGCUCCCGCGGCCGCCGAGACCAUCUCGCCACCCGCACCUCCUCCUCCUCCCCGUCCGAUCCCGCCCGCAUCGACCCUCCACAUCCACACCCACCCGCUGCUCCUCCUCCUUAUCCGCCGCGUCAUACAACGGCUGGGCCGACCUCCCGGCCGCCGACGAGGCUCCCCUGGGCCUCCCCUUCCUCCGCAUCACGCAGCAGUCCCUCGCCGCCGCCCCGCUCCUCCUCCUCAUCCCGGUCGCCGCGCUCUCCCUCUCCCGCCUCCCGCCUGUCCCGCUCCUCGCCGCCGUCUUCGCCGCCGGAUUCGCCACCGCCAGGCACCUCGCCCCCGCCCCCGGCGGGUCCUCCACCCAGCGCCUCGCCGCCCUCCUCGCGGAUCUCGACGCCCGCCUCCUCUCCCUCAAGGACCGCCUCCUGACCGACGGCGACAGGGGCCGCCCCAUCCUCGAGCCCCUCGACCGCGCGCGCGAUGCGCUCCUGGAGUGCGCGGCCGCGGCGGGCGGCCCUGCCCAGGCCAGCGGUGGCGGAGACGCCGCGCUGGGCGAGGUGGCCAGGGAGGUCGCCGGCUACGUCGGGGGCUGGGCCAAGGACGCCCUGCGGGAGCUCAGCUUCGCCUCGCCGCGCAAGAAGCCCGCCAAGGCCGCUGCCGCUGAUGCUGCUGCUACGACCGAUGCCAAGAGUAAUUCAGGCUCUGUUGUAGCUCAUGUUCAGCAAGGGGACGGGGAACAAAAGCCGGUUGAUUCAGCGGCCGUUGGAAGCGCCCUGCUGCUCUACAUGCUGCCGUUCGACGGCAAGGAUGAUUCUGCCGAUGGGUUGGAGGAUGCAGGGUUCAGGUCUGAGAGCGGGCAGGAAGACGACGACCGGCUGGAGAGGCUGGUGUCCAAGCACAGGCACGGCCGUGGCGGCAGGGCGCGAAAUGAUGGCCCCUUUCAAGAAGGCGGCAGGGUGAGGAGCGACGGUCGCUUUGAAGAAGGCGGCAGGUUCGCCGCCGCCGAGUCCUCUUUGCUGGAGAGGACCCUCGAGAUCCGGGACAGGUCGUACAGGGUGAAGAUCGAGCGCCGCGACGGCGGUGAGAGCCAAGUAGGUGGAGCACGGGGGAUGUCGGCUGAUGAAUUUGUGGGCAGCGCUGCUGCCAGUGUUGAUGAGCAACCACUUACAGAUGAUGAUGAGGUUGGUGCUGCCGUGGGUUCAGAUGCUGAAGAGUUCGGCCGAAACGUCAAGGAGGCUGCAGAGAUCUUGAGGAAGGCGAGGGAAUGCAUGAUGGCCAGGGACGACGAAGAGGCCGCGGACGCGUUGCUGUAUAGGUCAGCAAGGCUUCUGUCCACCGCCGCGGCUUUGAGGCCGACGAGCCUGGUAGCGGUCGGACAGCUAGGGAACACCUACCUCCUCCAUGGGGAGCUCAAGCUCAAGAUUAGCCGUGAGCUGAGGACACUUCUGGCCAACAGCGGGGCUUAUAUUAACGGAGGGGAGCGUGUCUCACGGUCCAGGAAGCUGGAUAGAAGGAUCCUUAAUAGAGAGAACAUUUCGUCCGCACUUGUGGGUGUUUGCGAGGAGUGUGAGAGCCUCCUUGUUGAGGCUGGGAGAAGCUAUAGGACGGCUGUGUCAAUUGAUUCGGGCGAUGUCAAGGCGCUGUACAAUUGGGGACUGGCUCUUAUCUUUCGUGGCCAACUGCUUUCCGACAUCGGACCGGAAGCGGCAGUUGAUGCUGAUCGGGUGUAUUUGGCUGCGAUCGAUAAGUUUGAUGCCAUGUUAUCCAAAAGCAACACUUAUGCUCCAGAAGCUCUCUACAGAUGGGGCAGCGCGCUGCAGCAGCGGUCCCAGCUGCGCUCUCGGAACAACAAGGAGAAGAUAAGGCUUCUGGAGCAGGCAAAGAGUCUGUUUGAAGAUGUUUUAUAUGUAGAGGGCAACAACAAGAUGGUACGGGAAGCGCUGUCGUCGUGCAUAUCGGAGCUUAACUACCAUGGACGAUGGCUACAAUGAAUUGGCAUGGGAGUGCCAUUAGUCGUGUGUUGUAUUUGGGUUGAAGAUAUAGAUGAGUGAAAUAAGAUAAAGCCAGCUGUAUGUAUGAAGGUUACAGAAAUCUUUUACUGCGACGACCGACCAGGAAGUCGCUCCUGUACAAUUUGAGUUAAAAGCUUGGCAUUUCAACAGGAAGGAAGAACCUUCACAGAUGAGCUUUGCAUAUGAAUAACAAGGAUCCCAGAACUAAUUUAAGAAAUUGCACACAAGUUCCAGUA